AUGGGGCAAAGACCCACGCUGUUUCUAACCGUUAUUGUAUGUGCGAAGUGCAUUCAUAUCUUUUCGGCUACGCAAUACGCUCCCCCAUACACGUGUACAACCACCACAACUUUAUGCAAACCUGGUAUAGAGAAUGAAGGAACGAACCCGGUAGCAAACCGCCCUUCGCAUGCUUCAAGGCCGGGAAAGCGAGGGCCAGUUGGACCUAAAGGUGAUAAAGGAGACCCCAGUAAGCCUGACCCAGGAUAUAAUUCCGCAAUUACCGAGAUGCAAAGGAAUAUGGGAAUAAUGGAAUCAGAAAUGAAAAAAAUGAAUAACACUUUACAAAAGCUGCAGCAAGAAAACGAAGAGUUUAGAGAGAUGUUGCAUAAUGUUUCCCAAGUUCAAGGAACAACAUCAACAGAGCGACCAACAUCGUGUAAAGAUUAUUUUAACGCUCACGCUCCACGUGGGCAGUCAAAUGCUGAAGGUCUUGCGAUAUUGUUUCCUUUUCAAGAGGAUGAUGAUCUAACCACAAUCGAAGUAAACUGCAUUCUGAAAGAAUCUCGCUCUUGGAUGGUCAUACAACGUCGAAUAAACGGCUCACUAAGCUUCAAUCGACAAUGGGAAGGUUAUGCAGAAGGGUUUGGUAAUCCUAAUGGAGAAUUUUGGAUUGGUCUAAGAAAUUUGCAUAAACUGACGUCGUCUGCAAACUAUAGACUUCGUAUUGAUCUUGAGAAUUGGGAAGGGGAAUCAAGAUACGCUGUAUAUGAGAAAUUCGCUGUAAAAAGCGAGAAAAACAACUUCGAACUUGAAGUCAGCGCUUAUACUGGAAACGCGGGUGACGGUAUGGCGACUCAUAAUGGAAUGGGGUUUACCACGAGUGAUCGAGAUAACGACGAAACUUCUUCGAAUUGCGCAUCGUCUUACCCUGGUGGAUGGUGGUUUCGAUCAUGUUACGGAGGUGGCGCCAAUCUCAACGGAUUGUAUCCGAAGACAGAGAAGGAUUUUCACUGGUUACCAUGGAUGGAUCCAGAAACAUUAAAAUUCUCAGAGAUGAAAAUUGAACAAGUCAACUAAUGCUCAACAACUUCAGUAUCAUUCAAAGUUGUCGAAAUUGUGGGUUUUAUUUCAUAGAAUGGAUUAAAAAGGCUUUGACAAGAACGUGAAAGAUGAGUUGAUUAAAUGUAUUUCAAUAAAACUUAAAUUUGUACAAAA